AAGCCAGUGGUCAGAUGGCAACCAUUCGCAUUGCCAAACAGAGAUCCGGCCAGGUAGCCACGGCCAUUUACAAGAUGUGGAAAUUCCUACUGAUUUGCAGUAUUCAGCUGAUUUGCGCCUCGGAGCACAGUGGCGAAGGAUAUGGCGAGAGUUACGGCUACGGCGGAAGCGGAGGAGGAGGAGGGGUUAGCGGCGGAGGAGGCGAAGGUCACUACCAAAAUCAUCACCAUCACACACCCACCACAUACUCGGAGAUCUCCAAGCACGUGCCCGUGCACGUGAUCGAGAAGGUGCCGCUGCCCAUUCCCCAUCCGGUGGCCGUUCAGGUGCCCAACGUCAUCCGGCUGCAGAUCCCGGAACCCUACGCCGUCCACGUGCCCGUCCAGCAGGAGAUCCAGGUGCCGGUCUACAAAAUUGUGCCCGAGAUAACCGAACGGAAGAUACCCUACACCGUGGAAAAGCCAUAUCCCGUGGAGGUGGAGAAACCCUAUCCCGUCGAGGUGAUCAAGCAGAUCAAGAUUCCGGUGCCAAAGCCCUACCCUGUUCCCAUUACCAUCUACAAGCACGUCCUGCAAAAGGAGCACGGCUGGUGAUGACCGUUGUCGUGGCUUGUUAGUCGUUAAGUUUCAGAAUGCCAGCUCAGAUCCGAGAGUAUUAUCUUACGAGGUUAACGAGUACCUAAUAAAUACUGAGUUUAAGAUACAACGUUGACAUUUUAAUUCGAAUUCUUAUAGUCGGUUCUCGCCAGUUCG